CCAAUUGCACCCCACCAUGUCCUCCAUCAUCGCCCGCUCGGCCUUCCGCGCCGCCCCGCGUGUCGUCCGCCCUACGCCCGCUUUCCGACGAUGGGCCAGCGCCGCCGCUGAGGGCGAGAGACAGGCCGGCAAGGAUGCCCUCAAGACAGGAGCAAAGCGCGACCCGGAGCUCUACGUGCUCUUUGCUAUCAUGAGCGGCGUUUUCGGUCUUGCAGGAUGGCACUUUUCCCGCUCUCCCACCAGCGCCUCGUCGGAACGAUCCGUCGCCAAGGCCUCAAACAGUGAGCCCUGGAAGCAGGAUGGCGGAGCAGGCCCCUACCAGUACCACCCUGGAGGUGACACCAGCGUCAAGAAGGAUGCGCCUUCCGCUCUUAACGUCGUUGUCAUCCCCAAUGUCACUCUCCCCAAGGAGCUCCACGACACAUACAACAAGUGGGGCAAGGAUGGCUACUAAACAUGCAAACUGCUGUCCACUACCCAAUUUCCAAGUGAAGACCCAUGGCAGUGGGGUACGGAAUUCUCUUUUCGUUAUACAUCUGUAUAUAAGAACUCCAUUGAUGCCACUGCAUAGAUUAAACAAAUCUUUUUUACUUUUUUCCUCAUAUACAUGUGCAUCAUAAUUUCGGUGCCAUUGGCAACGCAUGAGCAGCAAGAACGCCAGACGAAUUUUUAUCGGGAAGCACUACAGUCGUGUAGCUCACUAUACCCCGAAUGCGUAUAUGUACAUCAUGACCCACGUAGGUAAUGCUAGGAAACUCUGUGCCCCACCCAAGUAGAGAGAUACACGCCAUGCCAGAGACCAUAGGACAAGAGUGUCCAGGCUUUUGUCGUCGCAGGCUAUCCCUAUGCCUAGUCCUUCGCGGAUACUGCUGUGAGCACCCGAUUAAGUGAACCGGUAG